CGACACCAGGCAUUAGCAUCACUCAUCUCCUCAUAUCCCAAGUACACACAUCGACCACAGGUUGAAGUUUGCAGAUUCGUCUUAGACAACUCAAAAAGAAAUCAACAAACAAGAAAUGGCUUCUUUCAAGAAUCUGAUAUUCAUCGCCUUGGUCGUGUACGCCGUGUCCGCCGAAGAAAACAAACCUGCCGAGGAUGGAGCAAGAGUAAAGAAACACGCCUACAUUGCCGCUGCCCCAGCUCCGGUCUUGGCUUACUCUGCAGCAGCCCCAGCAUACCCAUACUCAGCAUACUCUGCUUACCCAGCUAGCUACGCUUACAAAUACUCCGCUCCAGCUGCCUACGCUGCACCAGCUGCCUACGCAGCACCAGCUGCUUACGUCGCUCCUGCUGCCUACGCCGCACCAGCUGCCUAUGCCGCCACCCCAUACGCCGCUUACUCGAGCUACGCAGCUUACCCGAGCUACGCCGCCUACCCGAGCUACGCAGCUUAUGACGAUGGCAAAUACUACCCAGGAAAAUACGAGAAAUCGUACUUCCCAGCAGCCUACAAAGCCGCAUACCCGGUCGCCUACCACUACUGAACAUCCACUCGCCCAUGAUUCUCAACCUUCCGACAACAUACAUAGUUUUUUUUAAAUAUAACUUUCAACAAUAAAAACGUGAUCCUUUUUUCAUCAA